CAGCAACUCGCUCUCACCCUCUCGUCUUUCAUUUUCAUUUUCUGCAAAGUCCACGCGGUCUGAUGGCAGACGCGGACACCCAUCUCGACGCGCCGCCGCUGAAGCCGCCGCUCGCCAACACUUCGGCCCCGCGCGACAGGGAGCCUCCAGAGGCCGACCUCGCAAAGCUGCGCAAAUGGCAGGAAGACAGGAUUGCGCGGAAGCUCCGCGGCGAGUACGAGUCCGCGGUGUUGCACCUUGCGGAGAUGGUCAAUAACAACUUGAGCACGCCUCUCCGUCUCGCUUCAAUUCGCGUCGAGGGCGCAGCCAGGACGAGGCAAUCCUUCCUCUCUGCUCUAGUUACGCCGUUCCUGCCUCUGCCUGUUUCACCAUCGUUCUCCGCGUCUUCCGUCGAUACUCAGAGCACGCUUGAGGAUGUCUUGCACAAAGCAAGGCACGUCGGCUCGCUCCUGCAAGAGACGGACAUCUUCCAGACCGUGGAGGCGCGCCUCGAGGGCAGCAGGGAUUUCCUCGCGCGCCCGGGCGACGUCGACCUUGUCUUCCGUACGCGCGAACGCGGUAGAUUCUACCUGAACACCAGUACGCAGGUUGGCAACAACGAGGGUGGUGCGAGCGCGACGUGCCGCAUGCGCAACGCGUUCGGCGGCGCGGAGCUCUUCCAGGCCAACCUCUCGUUUGCGACCACCACCCGCGUCGCGUUCUCCGCUUCCCUCUCUGCGCCGCUCCUUCCCUACCUCCCGUAUGCUUCUUCGGUCUCUCCAAAUCCCGACCUGAACACACGUGGGGAGAUUUCGGUCUUUGGGCACGAGCGGGACAAUACGAGCUUCGCGAGCUCGUUUGAAGGCGUCCGGGGCCUGCGGGCUGCUGUCAGGACAGGCACAUUACGGAAAGGGACACAUGAGUUUGCGUAUGAGGGCGUGCUACGGCACAUAGGCAACCUCGCGCCGACAGCGUCGAUCAGCAUACGCGAGGCAGCGGGACCGUCAAUGAAGUCUGCCCUAUCGCAUACCUACAUGCGCGACACCCGGGACGACGCGCUGCUUGGUACGCGGGGGUCCUACGUCAAGGUCUCGCACGAGCUCGCGGGGCUCGGCGGCGACGCGAGCUUCUACAAGACAGAGGGCGCGACGCAACUCGCACGAAGACUCGUACCCGGUGUGACUCUGUCUGUGGCGGCAAGGAGUGGGUUCCUCUGGGGCUUGGACGGGCGGAAGGUGCCGCUCUCGGAUAGGUUCCAGCUGGGUGGGCCGAUGAGCGUGCGGAUGUUCCGCGCGAACGGGCUGGGCCCGCAGGAUGGACCCGACUCACUUGGAGGGGAUCUGUACUGGGCAGCGGGUCUGAGCGUCAUUAGUGACAUUCCGAAGAAGCCGCAAUGGCCUGUCAAGCUCCACGGCUUCGUGAACCUUGGUCGGUUAGAUUCCAUUGACAAAGCCCAAAGCCUCAUCGACAACGUGCGCGAGAGCAUCAGCAAGCCGUCAGUCGGCGCAGGUGUCGGACUCGUUUACAAACUCGAUGCGGUGCGGGUAGAGGUCAACUUCGGGGUGCCGCUGGUGGCGAGCAAGAGCGACGGUGUAAGGAAGGGGAUACAAGUGGGCAUCGGGCUGGACUUUUUGUAGGGCGCGAUACUUUACAUAUGCGACAUAUAAGACUUCACCACUUUCUCGACUGA